AGUGUGUGUAUUCUGGAUUGAAGAAACAUGACACCUGAAUAAAUACAGCAGGAGAAGAUCAGCUGCUUCACCACAAAAGCUACAGCUUCUGCUCUGAAGAUCUGAAGAACAUCCUAGAUUUUCAGGAGUUUUAUUUGUGUGAGAGAGAGAUUUGGGGGAUCAUGUCUCAGAGCUGUCGGUUGCUGUGUGGCUUCUUUCUGAGCUGCUCAGGAUGGAUCUGUCUCAUCGUCGCCACCUCCACUAAUGACUGGGUGAUCAUCUGCAGCUUCAACAUGAACGCCUGCAACAAGAUGGAGCAGGAAACCAAAGGUUUAUGGGCAGAGUGUGUGAUUUCGACAGCACUUUAUCACUGUUUAGCUCUCAACCACAUCCUCUCUUUACCUGCUUACAUCCAGACAUCUCGGGCACUCAUGGUGUGUGCGUCACUCCUCGGCCUCCCAUCGAUGUUGCUGGCUCUCUUGGCCACGCCCUGCGUCAGACUGGGUGAUGAGAGCGACGGAACCAAACGGAAACGUGCUCUGUUCGGGGGAAUCCUCACUCUGAUCAUGUCGGCGUGUGCUUUGGUGUCGACGGUGUGGUUUCCGGUUGGAGCUCACCGUGAGGUCAGCCUGCUGUCAUUUGGGUUCUCCCUAUACUCUGGAUGGAUGGGUUGUGCCCUCUGUUUGCUUGGAGGUUUGGUUCUGACCUGCUGCUCGGGAGGUGGCGGUGUUCCAGCUCAAAGCCCUGAAAAGCGAUUCUACUACUCCAAACAGCAUGGACUCAGCGACUCGGUCCAGACCACAAACAACCAUGCCAAGAGUGCACACGUCUGAGAGUGGAGACGUGAACUGGAACAGACUUCAAACAGAGAGGAUUGGUUUAUUGCUCUCAUUCUCUCGUUCUCUGUCUCUCUCUCACACACACACACACACACACUGAAGCAUGGAGGAUUUUCCACAGUGAGAUAUGAGCAAAGCACAACUUCUACUCAAAGCAAUUUUUUUAUUUCAGUCUGGAUGAGAAGUUUGGUCUCAGCAUGGACCUCGAAAAUGAGGCCAGGAUUAAAAACAACCUCCCUGUAAUCCAUUCUCUUUGUUCUUUUAAGUCAUUUUCAGUAGUGCUGAAAAUCAUCUUUUAUUCCUAACUCCUCUCAGUCUGUGCUCAAUCAUCUGCUCUGGUUAGAAAGCAUGCAAUUUUUUUUUAAAAUAAAAAUAAACCAGUCUAUAUGACAUGCAAAUGGCAGGCAGGCAGGAAGCCAGAGGUGCAGUGAGGCCAGGUGUCUCCUCCAUGUUUUUUCCUGUAACGCUCUUCACUCUUUCCUGCUCAGGAUCGCUCAGGAAAUCUGCAGACGCAAAGCGAGAACACCUUCAAUAGCGACAGAUUGGCCAUUUUUCUUACAUCCUUCUCUCAUGUGCUUCAUUAAUCAUAUUUCUGUCAUGUUGAAUUAAUCCUUUCUUUUUCUUUGUUGCUCUCACUGGGUUUCGAGCAUGUAAAACUAUCACAAAGCAGUUUAAAAAAAGGAAUAGAUGUGUCUGGAUUGUGAAUGCUGUGAACUGAUCACUGAUCUGACCUCGUGUAGUGAAACUUCAAUGUAUUAUUCAUUUAUUAUACUUUUUAACACAUUCUGUAAAACACAGUAUAUCCACAGAGAGGCAUUUAUAAACAGACUCUUCUACAAAUCUUUUCAUUAUAUUUUUAUUUUAAAUAUCUCACUCUGGAUCGGAGUAAGCUGCACUUCCUCUCAGUGUUUUACGUCAGUGAGUUUUAUGCUGAAAUAUGUUCAUGAAAUACAGAAACAUUGAGAAUAAAAACACACAAGCCAAGAAGUCAAAGAAAUAACUGGAUCUCAACAUUGCAGGAUGUUUUGAAAAGGAAUUUUAAUGUGUUCAGGAAAUCCAGUAAUAAUAUUUCUAUAUGCUGAGUCUUUAAAAUAAAACACAAUCUCUGUAGAAGACAUAGUCAUGUUCACAUGAUCUAAAUUCCUUAUACACACUUAGAACUAAAGGUUCUUCAAGAGUUCUUUAAGAAGUAACUUCAGAGUAACUUUUUCUUGGAAGCUUUUCUGAUAAGGAGCACUUUUGUUAUCAAGUUUGACUUAGUACCUUAAAUGGUUUCUCCAGAAAGACAACCAAAGGAUCCCUAAAGGUUCUACAUUUUGUAAAAUAAAAUAAUGGAUAAAGUGUGUGUGUGUUUUUGUUCCAUGUGGAUCCUAAUUUUAUCGCUGUGGACCAGGUUUGAUAAAAGGUUCUUUAGAUCAUUAAGGGUUCUUAACUUUUAAAGAUGGGCGGCAUGGUGGUGUAGUGGUUAGCGCUGUCGCCUCACAACAAGAAGGUCUGGGUUCGAGCCCUGUGGCCGGCGAGGGCCUUUCUGUGCGGCGUUUCCCCCACAGUUCAAAGACAUGCAGGUUAGGUUAACUGGUGACUAAAUUGACCGUAGGUGUGAAUGUGAGUGUGAAUGGUUGUCUGUGUCUAUGUGUCAGCCCUGUGAUGACCUGGCGACUUGUCCAGGGUGUACCCCGCCUUUCGCCCGUAGUCAGCUGGGAUAGGCUUCAGCUUGCCUGCGACCCUGUAGAACAGGAUAAAGUGGCUAGAGAUAAUGAGAUGAGAUGAGAACUUUUAAAGAGGAAAAAUCCUUCUUGGACCCGUUUCUGAGAAGAAACCACUUUGUUGUAGGGUUCUACAGUGAACCUUUAAAGGUUUCGCUAGAGGGACAAAUGGAGUACCCACAAAGGUUCUAUAUUUUUUAAUGGUGGGUAUACGCUGUGUGAUUUUUGGACUGUCCCAGAGGAAAGAUGACCAACGUGAAAGAAACAUGGUGAUAUCUUUGGGUGUGGCUCCAAAAAGGUGGCCCUGUGUCAUGCUGUGAUAGAGGGUCUAAGACGGCUGAAGUCAUGGUCUUGUGAUAAUCUGGGAGAAAAUUCUGACAGGGUCAUAAAUAUAGGAUGAUCAUCAGGACAUGACUGCUGCUAUGGCUUGUGUCUUCUAACCAACCAAUAGGAUGAAAUGAUGCACAGUGGCACCAAACCCAAAUGUAAUUGUUUACUGCUAUAGUGGCACAGGUGGACUCCAGAUUUACCUUUUUUAAGAGUGUGUAUGUUCCCAACUGAACAUCUGUAUCAAGAUUUUAAUAUU